AUGUGCAAUACUUGUCGACGUUGGGCACAUCAAUUGUGUCUCAAAAGGAAAUUCAAUGAUACAACAAACUGGACAGAUCCAAAUGCAAAUUUAUUUAUUGCUGUUCUUUCGGGUUUUGGCAUUACUGCUGGCGCUCAUAGAUUAUGGUGUCAUCGGUCUUAUAAAGCGAAAUGGCCACUGAGACUCAUUCUUGUAAUUCUCAAUGCUGCUGCUCUCCAAGAUAACAUUUUCGUGUGGGUUAGAGAUCAUAGAACGCAUCAUAAAUUCACUGACACUGAUGCGGAUCCGUAUAAUGCGCGUAGAGGAUUUUUUUUCUCGCAUAUCGGAUGGCUUAUGGUUCAUAAACAUUCGGACGUCAUUAUCAAGGGUGCUACGAUUGACAUGAGUGAUAUAGAACAAGACCCCCUCGUGGUCUUUCAAAGAAAAUGGUAUUCAUAUUUGGUAGUACUCUGUUGCUUUAUCAUACCAAUAUUGGUACCUUGGUUGGCAUGGAAUGAGAGUUUCUGGUAUGCAUGGCACAUGUCUGUGUGCAGAUAUGGUUUAAAUUUAAAUUUUACUUGGGCGGUGAAUUGUGGCCACUUAUGGGGUGAAAAACCAUAUAAUAAAUCAAUCAGCUCUACCGACAAUAUUGCAGUUUCUAUCAUGGCUCUUGGCGAAGGCUGGCACAAUUAUCAUCACAUUUUCCCUUGGGAUUACAAAACAGCGGAAUUUGGAAAUUUGGGUGAAUUUACCACAGCAUUUAUCGACUUCUUUGUUUAUUUAGGUUUAGCUUACGAUUUAAAAACUGCAUCCGCCGACAUGAUAAAAAAACGUUCUCUUCAAAGCAAUGAAAAUAAGAGUUACUAACUAAUCGUGCAAAAUUAAAGGAUCCCUCGACUGUCUAUAUUGGUAACAAAAUUACGAUUUUCAUAUUUCUAGUCUUUUGUUGCAUUAAUUUGACAGAAUUAAAAAUCCUUCUUCAA